AGAUAUAUCUAUGGACGACUGCCUCUGCUACAUACGAUAAUCUUUCUCAUCGAGAUGGCGGUUGCAACGCGCCUUGCGGCCAAAUUCAACUCCUACUAUGCGGACCGGCCUGUUCUAACCACAAUGGUCACCAACGCGGUGCUUGGUGGUAUCGCAGAUACGGUGGCCCAGGUGAUCACAGCCUUUAAGGCCCGUUCGACAGUACGAACUAGGCAAGACGGUGAUCUCAUUUCGAUCGAGAUCCACGAGAUGGACAAGGAACGACCGCCACCAGUGGGAGAGCUGGGACAUGCGAAGCACAUUCCUCCUCCGUUUGAUUUCGAGCGUCUAACCCGAUUCAUGUCAUACGGUUUCUUCAUGGCGCCUAUACAAUUCAAGUGGUUCGGCUUCCUGUCCCGAGCAUUUCCAUUGACCAAAAAGAGCCCGACGCUACCGGCUUUGAAGCGUGUUGUUGUUGAUCAGCUCAUGUUCGCUCCUUUCGGUCUUGCGUGCUUCUUCACAUUCAUGACUGUCGCGGAGGGUGGAGGCAAAAGAGCGUUGACCCGCAAGUUCCAGGAUGUCUACGUACCGACCCUGAAGGCAAACUACGUCUUGUGGCCUGCUGUGCAGAUCCUCAACUUCCGGGUUGUGCCAAUUCAAUUCCAGAUUCCAUUUGUAUCUACCGUCGGUAUCGCUUGGACCGCAUACCUGUCGUUGACCAACUCGGCUGAGGAAGAAUAGACGAAACACAGCAGCGGUAUUGGUCUGUUUCUGCUUUUCUUUGACCAUAUAUCCACUCAUUGCUCUUCUCUUUUUCUGUGGUUAUCUGGCGUUGUAAAUGCGUGGGGGACUUUUACUUUCUUACUUCUUAUGGACAAUGGUGUACAG